CUCCAACAUCACUCCAUCACUCACUCGAAACCCUAACCCUAACCGCUGCUCUCUCUCUCUCUCUCUGAGAUCUCCAAUGGCGGCGACGAACAUCGGAAUGAUGGACGGAGCCUACUUCGUCGGCCGGAACGAGAUCCUCGCCUGGAUCAACUCCACUCUCCAUCUCAAUCUCUCCAAAGUCGAAGAGGCUGCGUCGGGUGCGGUCCACUGCCAGCUCAUGGACGCGGUUCACACGGGGAUGGUGCCGAUGCACAAGGUGAAUUUCGAUGCGAAGAACGAGUACGAGAUGAUCCAGAACUACAAGGUUCUUCAGGAUGUUUUCAACAAGCUCAAGAUUAAAAAGCAUAUUGAGGUGAACAAGCUGAUCAAAGGAAGACCCCUUGAUAAUUUAGAAUUCAUGCAAUGGAUGAAGAGGUACUGUGAUUCAGUCAAUGGUGGUGUUUUGGGCAGCUACAAUGCCUUGGAAAGAAGAGAAUCUUGUAAAGGAGGAAAGGAGGUUCAUAAAAAACCAGUUUCUUCUCAAGUUUCAUCAAGGUCUUCAUCUGCUGGUGCAAAAGCGCAAUCCUCUCACACUGCCCGAAAAAUUGAGGGAAAUGCUACCAAUGCCUCAGUUCAUAGGACCACAAAGUCCUCUUCUACAUUAGAAGGGCAAGCUUACGAUGAACAGAUAACUGAACUGAAGCUUUUUGUGGAUAGCCUUGAGAAAGAAAGGGACUUCUACUUUGCUAAACUGCGAGACAUUGAAGUGUUGUGCCAGAAACCUGAGUUAGAACAGCUACCUGUCGUAGGUGCAAUCCAGAGAAUACUCUACGCUGCUGAAGACAACCCUUCAGUAAUCGCAGAAGCACAAGCCAUGAUAUCCCAACAACAGAACCAGCAGCCUUCUAUUCUGAGUCCCAUUGCUGAGGCAGUAGAAGAGAAACCCAAGCAAGAAACAACACAAAAGAGGAAAGACAUUAGUAACUUUGACUUGGACACGAUUGCAAGUUCAAAGUCCACACCGAGGCAAAAGCUUUCUGAUAUCUCAAAUUUGGUGGAUGAUAGUCCUCUUGUGAAUUUCUGAAACUUUUACUGGUAUGAUUAAAAAUACAAAGUUGGUAUUAAUAUUAUGCAGUUCUGAUUGCAAGAUUUUUAGUAUUGAUUUCAGGGUUUUGAUGAUAUUCCGUAUCAUUCUACAGCCUCAAGGCCUGCUUUCAUGGGUGAGAAUUCUUUUCUCAUAUAAUCUUGGAUUCUAUGUAUCUUACAUUUUUAGGCUUGAUGCGUGCAUCUUGGUGAUGUAUUGGUGUCAUUUUUUAAAAGCAUUUGCUGUUAAAUUUCCCAGAGUAUUGACCCUCCAUGCUCUGAGGAGGGUGCAAGUGCUACGUUUCUAACAACUGUAGCUUUGUGUGAGUUGACGUUUACACAUCUUUGUAUUGUGCUAGUUUGCUGUCAACGUUGAAAAUUCUUAUGCUAAAAAAAAAGAAGAAAGCUGGUGUUUGUCUUGUUCA